UACCGUUAACCUUUCUGAAAUUUCAUCGCUGAAUAGAUAUCAUUGUUAUUUGCAUUUAUUUGAUAUUUAAAGACAUUUCAUAACAAAGAUCGUGAUACAAUCACCUUAAGAACGUGUAAUGUUAAAUUUAAUACUCGUUGCAUACCACCUGCAUUCCUAUUCAAUGUAUCCUCUCCUUGUUCGUACUAUCGAUAUUAUCGACAUAUCGUUGAAAUCGUUGAAAUUGUUAAUCGAGCUUUAGGACAGAAAAAUGCAUUAGACAAUAGAUCUAUCUUGUACUUCAUCUAUGGAUAAUGUCGAUAAUCUGUCGUCCAAAUAUCGAUAGUCGAUAGUCACAUCCCUAACCUCAAUUGAUUUAAAUAUAUUCGAUGUUCCGACUAUUAUUUAUUACCUUUUCUAUAGUUAAAUAUUGAUUAGGUAUCGUUAAGGUACUGGUAAUCGAUAGUCGUAACUCCAGACUCAACUAACUAUAAAAAUUUAAAAAUAUAUUAGAUAAUAAAAUUGUUACGGUUACAUAUCAAUAUCGAUAAUCGUCACAUCUCAACUGUCAAAAAAGUAAUAGAAAAUACAUUAAACGAUCAAUUAUGUAUUUUGUCUGCAUCUAAAUAUUGGCAAGGUAUCAAUAAAAUAUCAAUAGUCAUCUUUAGUCUGAAUCAAUUGAAAGGUAAUAAGAAAUAUAUUAGAUAACAGGACUAUUACAUCUGUGCAUAAAUAUCAAUAAAGGUACCGACAAGUUAUCGAUAAUCAAUAUCCAUCUUCAAUACAAACCUAUUGAAAAAAGUAACACAAAAUAUAACAAAUGAUAGGUUAUGUAUCUCGUUUACAGAUAAAUAUCAAUAAGGUAUCCAUCCUCAACCCGACUGAAAAGAGUAACGAAAAAUAUAUUAAAUGAUAGGUUUAUCAUACGUCCGUCCUUGGCUAAAUAUCAAUAAGGUAUCGAUAACCGAUAACCAUCAGUCUGAGAAGAGCACUGAAAAAUAUAUUAGAUGAUAGGUUUAUGAUGCGCGACUGUAGUUAAAUAUCAAUAAGGUAUCGAUAAGGUGUCGAUAAUCGAUAAUCGCAUCGGCAGUCUGGACGUAUUUAAAAACGUAGCGAACGGUUCGACCUCGGGGAGACAUUUGAACCCGGCGAGAAGCAGGUCCGCGUCGCGUCGCCAGUCAGAAUCGCGAUUACGAGGAAGCUACGAGGAAGUCGGUAAAGCCGCCCCUCCAUCGUUCCACGGUAUUUCCCACUCGAUUACAACGCUUCGAUUAUUUCCGUUCGCGCCGUAUAAUCGUCCAUCUAUCCGUCCUCGUUCGACCCGUUCAACUCGUACGAUCCGGUGGUCCAUUUGUCUCCGUUCGUCGAACGCGUAAUACGGCGCGGUUAGUCGCGCGCAUGCGCUCUGCCAUUAUUCCGUGGGGGCGCGGAGUGGGGGGAGUGGCGGCAAGCUUCCAGCGGAGAUCGCGGUUCGCGACUCAGUCGUUCGCCAGCUCCGACACCGGGUGGAUCUGUUUCGUCGAGACGUUAUCCGGUGACUUUCAACGGCCAGCCGGACAAAUCGAAUCGUGUCCGAGGUGAAAGGAGAUCCGUUUCGUUCGUGUUCCGCGUCCUCCUCGAGUCCGUCUGCUCUACCAUAUUAACCCCCCGUCUUCGAUAAGACUUCGACGAGAGAGACAGGAGUGUGAUUCGAGUGGUGCCGAUACUGUGAUACACACUUAGCCAACUGUAGAUAGGCUCUGUGAUAUACGCGUGCACACAUGGAUAUUUCCAUACCUCUGGACUUUUCUCGUUAUAUCGGAAUGAUACUCGCAUGAGAGAUAUCGGAAACUAUAAACGUUCGUCGCGGAUGCUAAGUACGUACGUUGUGCGCGAAGAUCAAACGAACGAUAGUAUGCAUGAUCGUUACGAGCUAUUUGGAGUGGAUGUAUAAAUAUAUGAAGAAGAGAAUCGGAGAAAAGAGAUUCGAGGCGGAAGAAAAGAUACACGUGGUCGGUCGGUGUCUCGAGGAUACCUGUGGAUGCCAGCCUGGAGUCGCGACGUAUUAGGGCGCGGAUUUCUGCCCGAUGACCGCCGUACAGAUUCGUUUCUACUUGCCAGCCGAUCUCCAACGCUGAUACUACGCCGCGUCAGAUGGUUUAUCGGCUAAGCCGCAAUUGAGGAAAGAGAGGACACAAAACAAGGCGUGUUAUGAAAUUGUUGCCGUCGAUCCAGUUGCCGCAAUUGCCGCCGGUUUCGGCCGGGGGUGGAGUGACGGGUAUGGAGUCUCGACUACCACCGGGUAUAUCAUUGCCUUUCAGCCCUACAGAGUUACUUUGGCGAUACAGCCCUGCCAUGAAUUUUCCACCCUCUCAUCCAUCGCCCAGCCCCUUUCUAGACUUCAAGACGCACUUGCCAACAAGCCUCGCUUCGGAUCCAAGGCUGUGGUCCCGCGAGGAUGUGGCGACGUUCCUGCGAUGGGCGGAGCGAGAGUUCGACCUGCCCAAAUUCGACAUGGACAUGUUCCAAAUGAACGGCAAAGCGCUUUGCCUGUUAACAAAAGCGGACCUGGGCGAAAGAUGCCCGGGCGCGGGCGACGUGUUGCACAAUGUGCUGUCGAUGCUGGCUAGGGACUUUAACCAAUUCCAAAGGUAUCUGCCCAGUAGCCCCGUGACGCCCACGAGGCCGUCCGCGUAUCCCCUUAGCCCCCAUUCUCAUCCACCGACACCGACUUGGACGGAGAACUCGUACACCGCAAACUUGGCCUCGUUAAUGUCCGCGAAUUCGGUGACGUUAUCGCCGGCGCCGUCCGUGGACAGCCAAGCAGGUUCGCCGGGACACAUGGAGAGCAAUCAGAGCCAGGUUUACAAGAGCGAUUCGGACGAGGAUAAUCAACAAGCGGCAACAGGAAGCCCGCCAGCUACGCCCACAGCCCUCGCCGCCCAAAGGCUAAGCGAAGUUUGCGUUAAGGAUCAGCUCAGCCCUACCCUUACGCAGCCCAUGAUGCCUUUGACGCCCGGUGCCUUCAGGACGAACACUACCAACGUUGCCAGAGAGUUUUUCCCCAACGAUUCCCCAGAACCUAAUACCAAUGGUAGACUUCUGUGGGACUUCCUUCAACAAUUAUUAAACGAUCCUUCACAACGAUACACACACUACAUCGCGUGGAAAAAUCGGGAAAUGGGUGUUUUCAAAAUCGUCGAUCCUCCAGGACUCGCGAGACUUUGGGGCAUUCAGAAAAAUCAUCUUUCCAUGAAUUACGAUAAAAUGAGUAGAGCUCUACGAUACUAUUACCGUGUGAAUAUUUUACGAAAGGUUCAAGGAGAACGACAUUGUUACCAAUUUCUGCGAAACCCAACAGAGCUGAAGAACAUAAAGAACAUAUCUUUGCUGCGUCAGCAAAUGCGGAUAAAAUUAGAACCGGAAGAAGAAGGCGGAAAUGGCGUCGAGCCGGAAACCGAUAUGCCAACAGACCUCUCGAUGUCUAGCAUGAGUCAGCUAUCUACCGAACAGCAGCAGCAACAGCAACAACAACAACAAUCACAGCAGCAACAAUCGCAACCGCAACAACCACUACCUCUUCACGACCCACCUGCAAAAUACAGAAGUCACGCGUAUAACCUGGUAAAAACUAAUCAGGAGUCGGAAGAGAAGAAGUGACGCGAGACAUAACGUUGAUUCAGCUACGUAUUUCUGUCGACUGACAAAAUGGAUUCCUUGCUGCAGCACGUCCUUGUCACCCUGAUCAUUUACGACAACGACCGUGCUUGUAAGAAACGUUCGAAGAGAUCUGUUUCCGAGUCAGCUGUCGGAAUCACCGUUCACGUAAGAAGAUUUGUGAGAAAAUUAAUCGAAAGCUGCCGAGUCAUCGACGUUUCCGGGACGUAUGUAAUGACAAAAGACUGAAAAACAACAAGUUUACGGAUAUCAGCCUGCGAAAACUAUCAAGAAGAAUCUUCUUGUCUCGCUCGGUCGGUAACGUACCGAUUUGCUUUUAGAAAUCUACUAAUGUAGCGGUCGGAACCGUUAAAAAAUUCUCGUUUGAACGUUGGUCGCAACAAUAUGUUCAACAAUGUCCAGUUCUUUGCCGAUUCUGAGUCUACUUAACGAUCGAAUAAUCAACGCGGUUCAAAUUUCCGCGCGCUUCGAAUCGUAAGAUGAUUGGUCGCCUACGAAAAACCGGCAGCCAAUUGUCGUGUUGCAAUUGUGAAGGACGCUUCGAUGAAGCUAAAACUUUCGCGGAUAUUCCGCCAUCUGUUUUCCAUCCUCCGUGUAAACGCACGUGCGCGAGUGUGAAACGUUUCUCGCUUCUACAACGAACUAAUUUAGAGAGAGAGAAAAAAAAGAACAGGCUUGGAUAGGGUCGUUAUCGACGAAUGUACAAAUCGGUGUUCGGGAAACGGAUCGAAAGGUAUUUUAUUCCAAAGUUAUUCUGUGAUGUAAAAUUUAGCUCAAAGAUAAAUUGCCCGUGGUGAAAUAUGCUUAGUUGUUAACGAGAGAUCAAAUUUAUUGAAAGAAAGAAUUUUUUUUUAUUUAAAAAGAGAAACUUUACAUAAGUUUAUAAAAACAAUUACUGUAAUAUAAAAGGUAAUGUUAGUUCAAUCUUGUAAAGGAUCUACUUUUGUACGAGAAGAAAGGAAGAUCUAUCCUGUAAAUACUUGAAUUUGAUAAAACUUAAACUAGUUUCCCGUUGCACCCACUCAGUUGUGCCAAUCUAAUCGUCGAUAAUUACAUAUAUACAUAUAUGUAUGCGUUUAUAGUAAUCUGUAUAAAUGGAGAAGAAAAAGCGUGUCAUCGUUUUGGAACUGUCAAAACGACUGUAAGGAUUGUUCGUAUACCUAAAUCGCGGACAUCUGUAAAUAAGUUGAUAAACUAUUAAGAAAAAAUAAUAACGAACUCUAUUAAGUAGUAAAAAAAAAAA